CGGUAUUCGUGGUAUAUAUUUUACCAACAAUCGACUUCGUUAACCGAAAUUCCUAUGGAACACACCAUGACAUCGACACAUUCAACGGAACAGUAUAAUUCGUGGAAACGUUACUCUAACAUCUGCUCGAACGCAGAUUACGAAUUGGUCAGAGCUAUAAAUGCCAGCAGAUGUUCUUGAUGACGAUGGUAGCUAACAAGCAGACAGGAAGUUGCCGACCGUUUAACCAUGGAUUAGUCAGCACAACCAACGUAGGCAGGUGUACAUUUUACAUCCGGAAAUGACUCGGUCAGCGAGUCUCUUCAUGAGAUAUAUUCGGAACUCUACCCCUUUUGUCCACCUACGCUUUGUAAUGUCGGUAUACAUCUCGGAUAGCCGCAACACGAUGACCCAGUUUCGACGUUAACACAGUACGCUCUUGGGUGAAUGGUCUCAUCGACGUCACUACUCCUGGAACUAGGUCACCAUAGGAUCCCCGUUCAUACCACCUGCAUCACUCAUCCCCUCUAUCAAUGAGAAGGUACUUGUUAGGAUGACGGCCAUUCAGAGAUAUCAAAGAACGAUUGAGGUUUGAUUGCACGAAAAAAAUUCUAAGGAGAAGAGAUCAAGAGAAAGGAGGAGAAAACGAAUGCUUUGGAAAAAUAAAUUCAUCGUCCUUUUGGUGGGCCCUUUUGGAACAACGGAACAAUCGUUUUUUUAAUAGAAAGAAUCACACUCCGACCGUCUCCAAGGACGUUUCCGAAGAGAAUGUCAAGGAGGUACAGGGAUACCAUUGAGUCAUCAUUAUGUGAAUGAUGCAGAACAAUAUGACUCUUCGAUCAAUGAUGAUAAUACAAAACCUUUGGAAAAAUUCUACUUAAUCACAGAACAAAGGUGGCACAAAGAUACUGUGCUACCAAUUUCUUUAUUGACGUCUACCGAGGGAAUGUCUGCUCGAUCUCAUCACAGGAUCCGGCAGUCCACGACGGGACUGGAUGAUGCUGGUAUGGAUUUACAAGCAGCUCAACUCAGUACCCGUACAGGUCAGGAGGUUCGCUCUACUGCUACUCUAUCAUGGCUAGAUUGGCAGUUGCCUCUUUUUGUAGCACUUUGCGCCAUUGCUGGUGCUAUUUUAUUUACAUUUCUGAUCUUGUUAUGGCUACGGAAACAAAUGUCGCGUGAAAAAGAUACAGAAGAUGGUGACAGGAGAGGUCUAGUAGAAGAAGGGGUGGUGAGCCGUACAGAUAAAACUGGUAAGAGUACUCAGAGUUCUGUUGAAGCGCAAUGGGUUCCUCAAUCAGUAACAAAACCAUCAGUAUCUACGCAGAAAGCAAAAGCUUCUAUGGUCACUUCUGGUUUACCAGAAAUAAUGGCUGUGGCUACACCAGAACGAAAAAUAGAGCCAAUUCGCAUAAAAACAAAAGGAUUAUUAGAACGGCGUGGCUCGAGUGCAAGUUUAACAAUAGAACUAGCAGCAGCGCCUGAAAGUCCACCCCAUAUGGUCACACCAACUCGCGAAUGUACAGCGGAAGAAUUUUUACUGAGUGCUGGAAAUGUCUUAUCUAGAACUCAAUUGAAAAAAGCAAUAAGUGAUCCCGCAUCUCUACAUAAAGAAUUUUGGGAAGUGCCAUUGAAUCUUCCUGAAAAAGUUGAUAUAUGCGGAGCUGGAAUAAAAAAUAGAUAUUGUACUGUAUUACCCAAUCCACAAUCUAGAGUGGUAUUACCAGUUUUACCUGGUUCUUCUGAUGAUCCGCUUUCUAGUUAUAUAAAUGCCAAUUAUAUCAGGGGAUAUGAUGGAGAAGAUGCAUGCUAUAUUGCAACACAAGGACCAUUAGCUAAUACAGUAGGAGAUUUCUGGAAAAUGGUUUGGGCAGAAAAAGUUCCUGUGAUUGUCAUGAUGACAAGAUUACACGAAGCUGCUAAAACAAAAUGUGACAUCUAUUUUCCUUUAGAUAAAAAUAAUCGUUUACAAGCUGGUCCUUUCACGAUUAUAGUUAACUCUAUUAAUAAUAAAGAUGGUUAUACUGUCAGAGAUUUGGAAAUUAGAUAUGAAAAAGAAAGACGCCACGUACAGCAUUACUGGUAUGAUUCAUGGCCAGAUCAUGCUGUACCUCAAGCAGCAGAUGCUCUUGUUAAUCUAGCUGCAGAAGUAAAUGCUUUAUCUGGGCCUGUAGUGGUACACUGUAGUGCAGGUAUUGGACGCACUGGAUGUUUUAUAGCAUUAGCAAUAGGAAUGACUCAACUCUUAAAAGAUGGUAAUGUUGAUGUACUAGGUAUUCUAUGUCAAAUGAGGUAUGACAGAGGAGGUAUGAUUCAAACUGCAGAACAGUAUGAAUUUGUUCAUCGAGCACUUUGUUUAUUUGAACAAACACUCGAUGGCAAAGUAUCUGUAUCAAGGGAAUAAAAUUGCUUUGAUUGAUUAUUAAAGAAGCAAGUACCGUAGCCUACAACAAUCCUAUUUCGUCCAGAUAUGCUCUUCUGCCACAAAACAACAACAACAAAAAAUACUUUCAAAUGAAUCUCAAUGUCAGUCUUGAGGUAAGGAAGGAGGUCUGAACUAUUUCAACACUUGGAUGAAUUUUGCCUCAUCUAAUAUGCUGCCAUUCUAUACUGCCAUGACAAAUCGUUAACAAUUAAUAUGAGUCACGUAAAAAUUUCUCAAAUAUUUAUCACUUGAUCAUCUAUCUUACUAAAAGAAAAAAGCAUUUUUUAUGCCAAAUUAAAAAUCAAAGUAAAAGUUAUCUUGAUGAACAAGUACUGAUUAUGUGGAACAUAUUUGUACAAAAAAAAUGCGGUUGAAUAACUUAACAUCAUGACCUUUUACUGUAACAAUUUAAAUAUUACAAUCUCAUAGAAAUGCCCAUUAUUUGCCAGAGAUAACAUAUUUAUUUUCUUUUUGAUUUUUAUGGGGUUGUUGCAUUUUUUAAUUCACACAUUAAUUAUAUACAUUCCGUAUGUGGCACAAAAUAUAUAAGUUUUUGUAGGUUUGACGAAAAAAGAAAAAAAGAAAAACCAACAAAAAAAGAAAACAAGUGUGAAGUGAAAAUUAUCACUACUUCACCUUAUACUCUCAAAUAUGAAGUAGUCCUUCUUUAGCUCUUCAAUGCUGUAAAACAUAAAAUAACUGAACUGCCCUGACAUGCAGAUUUCAGGGAUUAAUUAUAACUGUUUUAUUGGACUAUGAAUGAUUGAAAUUUGAAUGAUAGAAAAUGAAUGACGAAGAAUUUGGGACCCAUGUCAUAUAAACGCUCUUAUCCUAUUUGUAGUUCCUAGUUGAUUUUGAAGUUUGAUGUUUAACAUGGACUAUGAUUUUCAUGAUCUUUAUUUAACUUACAAGCAAAGACUGAAUGUAAAGAGUACAAUAUGACUAUUAGUUCAAUAUGUAGUAAAAAUUUUGAAAACUUCACAAAUCAAAUUUUAAACUAAUACAGUUCAGUAGUUUAAAAUAAUAUUAUUUAAAUAUUCUAGAUUAUGAACAGUACUUUUUAUUUCGAUAAUAUUUAAAAUCUCUUCAUUACAAAGAAAAAAAAGAAAAAAGAAAAGAAAAAGCAAAAUAAAACUCUUACUAUUAUAUCUACCAAUGUAUAUAUAGAUUUAGUUAUUUAUUCCGUUUGUUGCUUCACAUGCCAAUCAAUAUUUAAUAAUAAUAAUAAUAAUAAUAAUAAUAAUAAUAAUGGGUGAAUGUGUGUAACUUUAUAUAGCAAUUAAUGUGAAAAUAUCGGACAUAUGAAUGUCUUUGUGUACAAUUAACUCUUGUUUGUAACAAGGAUUAAUAUUUAGCUGACAAUAAAUGUGAUUUACGUUA